CAGAUGCAACCCAGAAAACGAGUUAUCAUUUCCGGGAUUUGGAAGUGGGUGCGGCGGAAGCACGUCCAGCAUGGCCUACCUGAAGUCGGCUCCUUAUCCCGUGCCUGGAUUGGGACUCCACGGAUUACCGGUGGAUUCGCUGCACUCGUCUAUGGCGGGGUACCCUGGAGGUAACCAAAGGAAACAGAGACGGGAACGAACCACGUUUACCAGAGCUCAGUUAGAUAUAUUAGAGUCUCUAUUUGGAAAAACUCGGUACCCUGAUAUAUUCAUGAGAGAAGAAGUGGCCUUGAAAAUUAAUUUACCCGAGUCUAGAGUACAGGUCUGGUUUAAGAACAGGCGGGCGAAAUGUCGCCAACAACAGAAACAACACAACCAACAACAAAGCGUAGAUAAGAGCACCCGAAUAAAGAACAAAACCACUACCAAUCUGAUAACUAAGUCAUCUCCGACACCAGUUUCGGUUUCCAGUAAUAACAAUACCAGCACCAGCUCAUCAGGAAGCCCAUCCUCAGUACCUACAGCUCCCCAUCUAAGAGACAGUCCGAAUUAUGUCAAACCUCAACUAUUAGCAACUUGUGGUAGUACCAGUUCACCUACAAUAGCAAGUUCGACCUACACAAAUUCAGCGAACUCAAGCAUCUGGUCUCCGGCGUCGAUAGAUUCGUUUUCGAUAGACCAACAUAGAUGGUGUACGUCGACGCAACCUUCAGUACUAAGUACCACCAACUCCUCGACGAACUGCUACAAUAAUUACUCCUACUAUUCCAACAUGGAGUAUCUGAGUUCAGCGCCGAUGAAUCACUCUCAAUUUGCAGAGAACAGUUUGGAAUCAAGUUGGAGCAAAUCCCGAGACGAGUCUUCGUGGUUGUACAACAGUAGUUGGGAUCGAAAAUGA